AUGUGCUGCUGCGGUUUCUUUGCGCCACCUCCCCACGGGCGAUUGGUGCCUCUCGACGAAGCGGAACCCUACAAUCGAGGGAAUCCCUACAUUCACACGGGCUACCGAGUGCGGUAUGACCUGAAGCUUACUCUUCGCUCCCUUCUGUUCCUCCACAAUGAGUGGGCGAACGUGUGGACGCACCUCUCCGCUUUGAUCGGCUUCUUCUUCCUGAUGUUCUACGCCUACUCAACCUGGCUCGCCGAUGGAUCGUUUUCCGACAAGGCCAUGUUCCUCGUUUGGGUCAUCUCUGCGCAGACGCUGCUCUUUUCGUCUUCGUUCUUCCACCUCACAGAGUGCAUGGGACCCAAGGUGUGGCUAAUCGGAGUUCGCAUGGACUACACCUCGAUCUCUGUGCUGAUCGUCGGCUCUUACUUCCCGAUGAUCCACUACCUGUUUGCCUGUCACUCGGGUUGGCAGUACUUCUACAUCGGGCUGAUGCUUGCGCUAGGCGUUUUGGUGAAACCGGAGUUCCAGGCACUGCGCGCAAGUCUCUACGUGGCCAUGGGACUGUUCGGUGCGCUGUGUGCGCCGCACGUCUACAUCCUCAGUAGUUCGGAAGAGCUCGCGGGGCUGAUGCCCGGAGGAACCUACAUCGUGGGCGCCUACAUCUACGCCACCAAGAUCCCAGAGAAGUGGUUCCCGGGCAAGUUCGACUACUGGUGGCAUAGCCAUAUGAUCUGGCACAUAUUUGUGGUGGCGGCGACCAUGUGGCACUACUCGGCUGUCUACCACGCGCACGAGUGGCGCACCAACUUCCCUUGCGCGUCCUGA